GAUGAGUACAUAAACAAAAAAUAAAUUUUUUGUGAUUUUUAAAGUACUUGGUUGUUUGUAUCUGCUUGGCUACACACCACGUGCACAAGCGCCACUCUCCAGCCACAACUCUGAGCGUUUGAAGCCAUUAACCAUAUACCAAUCUGGUGAUCAUGUCAGACUCUGCACCUGUACCUUAUCCCCUGUCUUCCGAUAUCGGUCAGCCAGUCACUAGUGCGUCGUCUGCUCCAGUAGCAGGAUCUUCAACAGUUGGUGCCAAUGGACCAGGGUCAGGUCAGUCUCGGCAAGCAGCUGAAGAUGCUAGGAAGGACAGGACGUUGGCGGAGUUUAUGUUAAUGCUGGAUGACUAUGAGCCGCUAAUUCCCAAUGAAGUGACGGACUAUUAUCUACAGAAAGUAGGAUUUGAGUGCGAAGAUCCGAGACUAAAACGUCUUUUAUCUCUCGCCGCACAAAAGUUUGUUUCAGACAUCGCCGCCGACGCCUUCCAGCAUGCACGGAUCCGGACAAAUGCCGCUGGGGGAAGGGCCCGUGCCAAUCAGCCGUUGUAUGGUGGUCCAGGAUCUUUGAAGGAUCGAACACGAACAACAUUGACGAUGGAUGACCUCAGUGCGGCGUUGCAGGAGUAUGGGAUCAAUGCAAGGAAACCGGACUAUUAUCUUUAGAUUGCAUUCUCAUAUGUAUUAUAUUACCAAAAUUCUCUUUUUAAGUGCUGAAUGUAAGUAUAUUA